AAACUUGAAACCUUGUUUGCGCAACAAUCAGCGCCGCGGAGCCGCCAAAGUGUCUAGACUGGCAUAUGAUGGGAGGCAGCCAAUGACUCCGCGGCGCUCCUCCGGGGGCCCUCACUGUGCGUUUGAGGAGAACAAAAAAGAGAGAGAGCCGUGCCGGGGAGCAAAAGAGGGAGCCGAGCGGAGAGAAAGAGCCGCUGGCCGCUGCCUCGCCGAUCUUCGCCGGGACCGCGGGGCCGCCGGGAGGCACUUCGGUGGCGGGGGGGAAGGGGGGGCGACCUCGGCAGCCGCGGCGCCCGAAGCGUCCGAGCGCAGAGUGGGGCGGUCUGCGACCUCUGCCUCGUCGGACUGCAUUUUUAAUUAAGGAUUCCCAGCAGCUCUGGGGUUUUUACAGUUCCCAGUCCUGUGCUUGACACCACGUUCCGGAAUAACUCGCUCCAAGUGCAUCUAGCGCCUGGGACCUGAGACCGAGUUGGCCUUCCGUGCAUGCAAACCCUGGGAUUGAGGUUUUGUUUGGAAUUUCUUUUUCUUCCCACCUCCUUUUUUUCUCCUCCCCUUUCUUUUUGCAGGGAGUUGAGGGUAUCCGCAAGCCUGCCUUUCGGAGCCUGUAGGAAGAGCCCAUGUUUUGAAGCGCUUGAGUUUUCAAGGCAGUCUUUCGGGGCUUCGGUGCGAGCGCUUUGUGCUCAAGGACCACCGCUGAACUUUUGGAGGCUCCUCGGCCCAUGCGGGAUCUCUCCAGCCGCGCGCAUUCUGCAGCGCCCCCGACUCGCGGGGGCCGGAGCUGAGCAGCGCGGCCGCACGGUGUGUGCAGCCGCCGGCCCCGCGCGGGCUGCGGCUCGGAGCGCGCGAGUUCCUGGCCGUCCAGCCCCGGCGAUCUCCCUCAUGUUGCGGCCCCGCGGCGCCACUUCGACGAGGGGCUGCGCGCGCUCUGCACCGCGCCCCACGGCGGAGCUUCAUGCAGGGCUGCGGCCCGCGCAGCCGGCGCCUCGCUGAGGGAACGGACCCCCGGUAACCGGAGACCGCCACUCCCCCCACCCCCCCUGGCGCCAAAGGAUAUCGUAUGUUCAGGUCUAAACGCUCGGGGCUGGUGCGGCGACUUUGGCGAAGUCGUGUGGUCCCCGACCGGGAGGAAGGCGGAGGCGUCGGCGCCGGCGGAGGAGGAGACGACGAGGAUGAGAGCCUGGGCAGCCGAGCAGAGCUGGCCCCGCGCACAAGAGAGGGCGCAGGCUGCGGCCGCCCUGAGGUCCACCCGAUAGCCCUGCGGCGGCCUCGGGACGCAGUGGGACCGCGCGGCGCCCAGGGCACAGGCAGGCGCCGGCGCGCGGGGGGCCCCCCGAGGCCCAUGUCGGAGCCAGGGGCUGGCUCUGGGGGUUCCCCGCUGGACGUGGCAGAACCAGGAGGUCCGGGCUGGCUGCCCGAGAGUGACUGCGAGACGGUGACCUGCUGCCUUUUCUCGGAGCGGGACGCCGCGGCAGACGCGCCCCAGGACGCCGGCGAACCCCUAGCGGGAGCUGGCCCGGAGCCGGCGGGCGGCGGGCAGAGCCGCGAAGGCCGCUCGCGGCUGCUGUUGCUGGAGCGGGAGCUGAAGACCGUCACGUACUCGCUGCUGAAGCGGCUCAAGGAGCGCUCGCUGGACACGCUGCUGGAGGCCGUGGAGUCCCGCGGCGGCGUGCCGGGCGGCUGCGUGCUGGUGCCGCGCGCCGAACUCCGCCUGGGCGGCCAGCCCGCGCCACCGCAGCUGCUGCUCGGCCGCCUCUUCCGCUGGCCCGACCUGCAGCACGCCGUGGAGCUCAAGCCCCUGUGCGGCUGCCACAGCUUCGCCGCUGCCGCCGAUGGCCCCACUGUGUGCUGCAACCCCUACCACUUCAGUCGGCUUUGCGGGCCAGAAUCACCGCCACCCCCCUACUCUCGGCUGUCUCCUCCUGACGAGUACAAGCCACUGGAUCUGUCUGAUUCCACAUUGUCUUACACUGAAACCGAGGCCACCAACUCCCUCAUCACUGCUCUGGGUGAAUUCUCAGACGCCAGCAUGUCUCCGGACGCCACCAAGCCGAGCCACUGGUGCAGCGUAGCGUACUGGGAGCACCGGACGCGCGUGGGCCGCCUCUACGCGGUGGCGGAGCAGGCCGUGAGCAUCUUCUACGACCUACCUCAGGGCAGCGGCUUCUGCCUGGGCCAGCUCCACCUGGAGCCGCGCAGCGAGUCGGUGCGGCGCACGCGCAGCAAGAUCGGCUUCGGCAUCGUGCUCAGCCGGGAGCCCGACGGCGUGUGGGCCUACAACCGCGGCGAGCACCCCAUCUUCGUCAACUCCCCGACGCUGGACGCGCCCGCGGGCGGAGGAGGCGGCCCUGGGGGCAGCCGCGCCCUGGUGGUGCGCAAAGUGCCCCCCGGCUACUCCAUCAAGGCCUUCGACUUCGCGCGCUCCGACCUGCUGCAGCACGCGGCCGAGCCCGAGGCCGCCGACGGCCCCUACGACCCCAACAGCGUGCGCAUCAGCUUCGCCAAGGGCUGGGGCCCCAGCUACUCCAGGCAGUUCAUCACCUCCUGCCCCUGCUGGCUGGAGAUCCUGCUCAACCACCACCGAUAGCGCCUGCUCCCGGCCCGGACGCACCCCAGAUAUCACCUACCUAGAUUUAAUAUAAAGUUUUAUAUAUUAUAUGGAAAUAUAUAUUAUACUUGUAAUUAUGGAGUCGUUUUUACAAUGUAAUUAUUUAUGUACGGUGCAAUGUGUGUAUAUGGAGGAAGCAAGAAAGACGCACUUUGGCUUACAAUUCUUUCAAUACAGAUAUAUUUUCUUUCUUUUCCUCUUUUCUCUUUUUGUUUUUGUUUUGUUUUGUGUUUAAGGAAAUGAUACAGCAGAACUAGGUGGAAAAGCCUGGGUUUGGUGUAUAGUUUUUGAACUAUUAAUGCCCAGACAAAAAAGCUAAUAACAGUCACUCGUUGAUAAUAAAAUAUUCGCAUUAUA